AUUACAAGCUGCCAUACCUCCACUGUUGCGCUCAUGCGUACGCGUCAGGCCCGUCUGAAACGCAUAAGCAAGAUCAAUAUCGAGUAGAGGAAUCCACCGGACAUGGCCGCACCGGAUGAGCGCAGCAACGACGAUGACGCGAGGAACCCAUCCCCAAGACCCCGCAAGAAGCAAAGGAAGCAAAGGCCUUGCUAUAGCUGCGAUGAAUGUCGCAGACUAAAAAUGAAAUGCGAUCGACAGGUGCCCUGUUCAAAUUGUGUUCGCAGGAAUCGAUCGGAAAUGUGCAAUAGGGUUGCGACUGACCGGAGGGCACCUUUUCGAGGCUCAGACCCACAGUCCAGACGACAGCAUGGCACAGGGGAUAGUUCAUUACCAACAGCAUUGGAGGACCGUUCCCGUAACACUGAAAUGCUAGCUGAAUCACAUCCAAACCAAGACUCGCAGCAACAGCUGUUACAUCCCGCAGAAUCAUCAGGAGGUCAAUCUUUAACACCGGUGCCACUUUGUCACAACGACCGGGACAACCAUGGUUCUUCAAACCUUCUGUCCCGUGCAAUCGAACCGUACAAUGGACAGGAACAGCCUUCACAGAUAUCACCGCCGGUGCAUACCUACGUCUACAGUAUUCCGACGGGAGCAAGUGGAUCCAGUCACCCUGGCCAGCAAUCUGUCGAUGAUGAGCAAGACGGCUCUCAUGGCACCCUAAUGCUGAGCAAAGGGGGGAGAUCAAAGUAUCUUGGCCCUACCGCUGGUAGCGAAUGGCUGAAAGACUCGGAGACUCAAGAUAUUCAUGAUAGCCCACUAAACACGCGAGCUCCUUCUCCAGUCAUCCCUGAAGUUUCAGUCCAUCCGCAGCCCGGUGGGAUAGGGCUAUCGGCCUUUCCAUUUCAUGCCUCGACUGCGUAUAUCAGCACUCAUGAUGUGCUCUCACGCUUGCCUCCAAAGGAUGAAGCCUGGACCUUGGCCGAAGCAUACUAUCGUUACUGUGCCUGGCAUCAUGACGUAGCACCCAAAGAUCGUUUUGAAAAGACCUUUGAGCGAGUAUAUUCGCUUGCGAGUGGAAGCGCCGUAAUUCCACCGGUUGACCCUCAAGAAAUUGCGCUUGUGUUCAUAAUCAUGGCCCAGGGAACUAGGUUCAAUAUUGAAAUGCCCAUCAAUGAUCCGUCAGCCGAUGAAUGGUUGCAUCUCUCGGAACAGGCAUUGGUGAAGGGAAACUUCUUGUCCAACAACACAGUUGCUGGGCUUCAAACGCUGCAUUUGAUGGCUCACUGGCACCUGCAAUUGGAUAAAGGGAGGCGUGGGGAUAUUGCCUGGCCACUUUGGGGCCUCGUUAUGCGGUUGAUUCAGGCAAUGGGUAUGCACCGCGACGGCGCGCGCUGGAAUCUACCAGAGGAUGUGGUAGAAGAACGGCGGAAGGUUUUUUGGGAGUGUAAUGCAGCUGAUACUUUCCAGGCGCAUUGUUUUUCAAGACCAUGUGCCAUCAACCCCGAGCAUUGCGAUACGGCAUUUCCAUCUGAACCUCUUAACUCGAGUGGGGAGAAAAGUUAUUAUCUUCAUCGGUUCGAGCUAUCUCAACAUUCAGCUGAAAUCCUCAAUAUGGCAAUGAAAGUGCGCAAACCGCCAUAUUCAGACGUGCUCGACCUGGAUUCAAGACUUUGCGAAUUCGAGCGCAGUCUCCCCUUCUCCCUGCGUAGUCGCGCAGCAUAUUUAGCUAUGCCCUCUCGAUAUCCUCAACUAGCAGCUGCCAUCGAAGCGUCUCCCGAACCUUCACUGAGGUCAAUGGCUCACUCAUUCCAGCAAAUGAAUCUUGCUAUAAAUAUUUCCGAAACUUUUAUGAACUUGCAUCGCCCUUAUUACGCAAAAGCACUUUACGACGAGGAAGGCGAUGGCUCCAGAUCCAUUUAUGCGCCUUCAUUUCUUACCGUUAUUGAACGUUGUGCAAUGAUCAUAUCACUUGUAAUGGAUAUACACAAAAGGUUUCCAGCUGUUAGUCUUAGACAAUGGAAUCUUUGGUAUCACGUAUUUGGUUCCGCCUUAUGCUUAGGAACACUUUUGCUACGGGAUCCGACAAAUGCCAUGUCGGCAUUCGUGCUUUCGCAGAUCGACGCAGCUGUUGAUCUUUUCACUUCUCUCAUCCAACAUGGUGCUGGCUCGCCACGUUAUAACCGCAAUCUUGAGUGGCUUACUAAACUGCGUGCCCGCGCAUCGUCGAAAAUGGCUUCAUCGUCGCAGGUAGCUGCAGUCCAGUCGAAUCAUGACGAAAAUCAGCGAAGAGGUGAUGGAGAUGUCGAUGAUAAUGAGGAUGUGGAAUUGCUUGGUUGGCGGACGAGGCUAAUUGAGCGGGCGGGCCAGGAAAGUCCCUCGGUCAAAACAAUUCAUCUCCCAUCGACACCAAACGCCGUCAAUAGCUUGAACCGACAUCAUACAUCAGAUCAAAGCGAACCAAGGGGCCCGCCAGGUCAGAUGAGAGCAACGGAGACACUGCUUGGUUCCGCAAACCCUGCGGCAAUUGUCCACUCGACGGACGAUCUAUUGCACGAAUUCUGGGAUCCUAUGCUUUUACAGGAUAUCUUUGGUAAUCUUCAGGAUCAACCAAAUCUAUCUAUUAAUAGCGGAUCGGCCUGGUGGGCGAGUGAUACGUCUGGUUUGGAUGUUGCCUCUUGGCCACAAGAUGAUCGCCAGGCCGAGCAUUGAUUUGGGGAAGAUUUAGUCGUAUCUAAUAUCCCUAGCCAUGGAAAAGUAGAUCUGCAACUCUGCCGUUCUCUAUUGCUAUGACGACCUCUGGAAUUGUUUCCACAAAGCCAGGAAACUUAGUGAUCACUGAUUUUGGUGGAUUCCAUGAUAGGCGAACCGUUAUCGUCGAAGUAAACAGGUACAUUGUUUCGAAAGGAGUAUUGUAAU